AAACCUACGAAUCCCCAAGUCCAGGAGCACAUGGCGCUAGCAGAGAGGAAGGCAGGCAACACAACAGCCGCCAGGGUGUGGUACCGCCGUAGCGCCCAGGGCUAUGAGGAGGCUCUGGCGGUGACGUUUGUGACGCAAGGGAGAGGGCCUGCAGAGCUGAUGAGUGAAGGAGCAGCAGGGGAGGCUGGGAACCUGAGGAAUCACCUGGGGCGGUGCCUGCAGGCGUGGGCCGGGAUGGAGGGGGAGGAGGGUGACAUGGUUACCAGCAGACAGCUGUUUCAACGGUCAAUGGUGACACUGACGCGGGGAGAACCAGGCUACCAGCAACUACAGGAGCAGCAGGGCAGAACAAAACAGUCGGGGCCUAUUCUGAAGGAUACUGGGAGCCUUGUGAUUGGCCUUCACGCCUGGGCCAUGGCUGAGAAGCGCGAAGGGAACUUUCAAGCUGCCCGAAACCUGCUGGAGCAGGCAGAGAAGCUUCAGCCGGGCAGCCCGGUGGUUCUGCUAUCACGCGCUCUCUUUGAAGCUUCCAUGAAGAACAUGAGUGCCGCCCGCUGUGAUCAAACAACCCACCACCUCCUCACCCCGCCCAUGCACUCCCUCCUAUCCCUCAUUCCACCGCAGGCAUGGGCCCUCCUCGAAGCAAAGGCUGGCCGGGUGGACCGCAUGCGAACCCUCUUCCGCUCGACUCUAUCAGCCAACCCCAAGUCCAUCCCCACACUGCACGCAUGGGCGUGCCAGGAGGCCCGACUAGCCACACCCGAGAGCAGAGAGACAGCCAAGGGGCUGUUUGUGAAGUGCUUGGAGGUGCAGACUGGGUGUGUGCGGGCGCUGCAGGCGUGGGGUGUGAUGGAGCAUGCAGCAGGAGAUGUUGAGGCGGCAAGGCGGCUGUUUGACCGCUGCCUGGAGGCUGCUCCCGACUCAGUCCCCACUCUCCAGGCAUACGCAUGCUUGGAACGGCAGCAGGGAAACUUAGCCAAGGCCUGUUCCCUCCUAUCACUAGCCCUCUCAGCCCAGCCGAGCAACGCAGCAUCGCUGCAGCAGGCAGCACAUGUGGAGGAGGCGCUGGGGAAUGCAGCCUCUGCGCAUGAGCUCUUUGUGCAGGCUAACCGGGCAGAUAGAAUGGUGGCAAGAAGGAGACGGGGGAUAUAUGAGUCGGCUAAGGAGGGGAGGCAAGAGGAGCAGAGGAGAGGGGCGGUGCCGCGGUGGGUGGUGGGGAAGAUGAGGGAGCGACGGUUGAAGUGGAGGGAUAGGGAAAUUUGA